GUUAACUUGUUACUUGCAUGUCAGCCACGUGUGAAAGAAGCACUUAUACCUGUCACUACCUAGGCUCCCAUUUUUACUUCAUCUGUUCAAAGUUUUCACUUUUCUUAAGUUUAUUUUAAUCAUUCUUCAAAACAUCCUGCCCUUUAGGACUCAAUUACUCACCAUGGCUUGCGUCAAUCUUAAUCUCCUAUUUCUUGCAUCUCUCUGUACUUUCCUUUUCCUUUCCAAUCCAGCGCACUGUAGUGACAAAGUGGACAGUGUACUGAAGGGACUCAAUAGCUACAGACAGACAAAGAAUGUUGCACCACUGAACAAAAAUGACAAGGCAAGUUGUUUAGCUGAUGAAGUUGCUGAAGAAAUCCAACACACACCAUGUGAAAAAGCGAAUCAAUACUACCCAACUUCUGGUCCUGGUGGAAACAUGAGGAUUCCCAAUUUGCUCAAACAUACAGAUAAAUGUGAUAUUAACGUUAACAGUACAACAGAUGGAGUCAUUCUACCUGUUUGUGUGCCUAAAUUGGAACCAACUGUUGUGUUAUCUAAUUACACUCAUAAUGAUAACUAUGCAAAGUUUCUCAACAAUUCAAAGUACACUGGAGUUGGACUUAAUUCUGAGGAUGAUUGGAUGGUUCUUGUUCUUACUACUAAUACACCUACUGGAACUUUCUCUGCAGCAACUUCUCUUCUUGCUAAUGUUAAUGUUGUUUGGAUGGCUUUGUUGUUUGUGAUGAUUCUCAUCAUCAACUACAUACCUUGAGUGUUUAAUUUCUAGCUUUUUAAAGCUUCAUUAUGUAUGAAGUUUAAUUACUCUUUGUUUUGGUUGUGUAAAUGUAGUAUGAACUUUAUUGGCAAUUAAUUUGUGCUGUGUUUUUAGUGCUUA